CCCGCGGACGCGACCUGAGUUUGCGCCCAAAUUUGGUGACAGAAUUGGCAAAAAAUAAAAAUUACCCCGCGAUCGAAUUGAGUCACAAAGUAUCGACGAAAUCGGUGGACGGAAGAUAAUCUUUUUACUUUAUUUGUGUGCCGACAUUGCGACUCGAAAUUCUUAGCCAACUUUUAAAUUUUCGCACACAUAUUUCCAAACAAUACAAUCGCCAUGGUGGACGAAGCCCCCGCCGAGCAGGUCGCUAACCUGCACCUCGAUGAGGUCACUGGAGAAAAGGUGUCCAAGUCCGAGUUGAAGAAGAGACAGAAGCAACGUGAGCGAGACGCUAAGAAGCAGGAGAAGGCUGCUGCUGCGCCACCCAAGCCUGCUAAGAAGACGAAUGCCGAAGCUGAUGAGAAGGAAUUGACUCCCAACCAAUACUUCGAAAUCCGAUCUCGUGCCAUCACCAAACUCAUCGAAUCCAAGGAACCUUACCCCUACCCACACAAGUUCAACCGCGAUUACAACCUCAACGACCUUGUCAAGGAGUAUGGCCACCUCAAGUCUGGAGAGGACGAUAAGUCCAGGGUAUUGCGCGUAGCUGGCAGAAUAUACAACAAGCGUGCCUCCGGCAGCAAGCUGCUAUUCUACGAUAUCCGCGGCAACAAUGGCGUUAAGGCUCAGAUCAUGUGUCAGGCCCAAGAAGUCCGCGAAGGCGCCCCUGCUUUCGAGAAGCAGCAUGAUCACAUAAGACGUGGUGAUAUCAUUGGUGUCAUUGGUUAUGCCGGAAGGACUAACCCCAAGACCAAGAUCGAGAAGGGCGAGGAGGGUGAACUCUCCAUCUUCGCUACCGAAGUCAUACUCCUAUCGCCCUGCCUUCACCAAUUGCCUGACGAGUACUAUGGCUUCAAGGACCAAGAACAGCGCCACCGCAAGCGCUAUCUCGAUCUCAUCAUGAACCCUAAGACCGCCCAGACAUACCGCACACGUACCAAGAUCAUCAAGUAUAUCCGAAACUACCUCGACAACGCCGGAUUCGACGAAGUCGAAACCCCCAUUCUCAACCAAAUCGCCGGUGGUGCUACCGCCAAGCCUUUCCAGUCCCAUCUCAAUGAUUACGACAUGGAUGUAUUUCUGAGAAUAGCACCUGAGCUACCUCUUAAGAUGUUGAUCGUUGGAGAGUAUGACAAGGUUUACGAGAUUGGUCGCCUGUUUAGAAAUGAAGGUGCCGAUCUGACUCACAACCCAGAGUUCACAACCUGUGAAUUCUACGAGGCAUAUGCUGACUUCAACGAUCUCAUGACGAGAACUGAAGAGCUUGUCUCUGGUCUAGUCAAGCAGCUUACGGGCGGUUACACAACUAACUUCACCACGCAGCAUGGUGAGACGUACACAGUCAACUGGGAAGCACCGUGGCGAAGAGUUGAGAUGAUUCCUGCUCUCGAGGAAGCAACCGGCGAGAAAUUCCCUCCUGCCGACCAGCUACACACAGACGAGACCAGGGAGUGGCUCAAGGGAGUCCUCAAGAAGGUCAACGUCAAAUGCUCCGAGCCCCAGACUACUGCCAGGAUGUUGGACAAGUUGACUGGCGAGUUCAUCGAGGAGACUGCCGUCAACCCGACCUUCAUCACCGAACACCCCAAGAUCAUGUCGCCUUUAGCCAAGGACCACCGUAGCAAGGCUGGCCUUACUGAGCGAUUUGAAGCUUUUGUUUGCAAGAAGGAAAUUGCGAACGCGUACACCGAGUUGAACCAACCGUUCGAGCAGAGACUACGUUUCGAGGAGCAAGCGCGCCAGAAGGCCCAGGGAGAUGAUGAGGCUCAGAUGAUCGAUGAGACCUUCCUCAACGCUCUUGAGUAUGGUCUACCCCCAACUGCUGGUUGGGGUUUGGGCAUUGAUCGACUUACCAUGUUCUUGACUGAUAACUAUUCGAUCAAGGAAGUCCUGCUGUUCCCAUUCAUGAAUCCGGAACAGACCAAGGACAAGCCGUCUACUGAAGCUACGGAACAGGCUGCCGAGCAACCUGAAGUACAUGUCGAGGGAAUUCCCCACAAAUGAAUGCUUUCCAUCUUAAAUAUAGGAGAUAUUCCUCGUUCCGCUUAGGAUUGCAUAGGUUACAUCCCGUCUACAGUGUUUCGUACGAUUAGGUACUUAAAGUAGAUUAAGCUGGCUAUGUAGAUUUACGCCACGCUU